AAUUGCAAAUCCCAAUUGCAACAAACAAUAGGUAGUAUUUACUGCUCAUCUCGUUUAUCCUUUCCCUUCUCUUUUUUUUUAAGAAUGAGAUAUAAUAAACGAAACGAAGAAGCAGCUAGUGAAAUUGGAUUAUUCUAUCACAUUGACAAAACUUCAGUUUUGCAAGAAGCUCGCAUUUUCAAUGACUCACACAUUAAUGCAAGGAAAUGUAGAAUUUUAUUGACAAAAAUUAUUUAUUUGUUAUAUACUAGCGAGCAGUUGAGCGUAAAAGAGGCAACUGAUUUGUUUUUUAAUGUUAUUAAGCUUUUUCAAUCAAAAGACACUUCUUUAAGACAAUUAAUGUACCUCGUGAUUAAAGAAUUAUCCGGAGUUGCCGAGGAUGUAAUUAUGGUAACUCAAUCUCUCAUAAAAGACAUUCAAUCAAAACAAGAGACUAUUUAUAGAGCUAAUGCUAUUCGUGCAUUAUGUCUUAUUACUGAUCCUUCUAUGAUUCAAGGUAUUGAGCGUAUCUUGAAAGCAUGUAUCGUAGAUAAAAUACCUUCAGUUUCUUCUGCAGCACUAGUUUCAUCUUAUCGUCUUUUUGAUAUUGCUAGAGAUGUGGUUAAACGUUGGUCGAAUGAGGUACAAGAAGCUGUAAAUCAAAAAUCAUUAACCGGAUCAAGUUUCACUUCAGCUGCUUCAGCUUAUUUUACAGGCGGCGGACAUUCUACUCAGUCACAGCAGGCUAUUAUUUCAACAUCCAAUAUACAUCAAUACCAUGCAAUUAGUUUAUUGUAUUUAAUUCGUCAGCAUGAUCGUAUAGCAGUUGCAAAGUUGGUCCAAACCUUUUCAGGAAUUCGUCAAUCAAGUAGUUUUUUUGGCAGUUCUCAUUCUUCAAGUGUUUUAAAGAGCAGCUCUGCUAUUUGUAUGCUAAUUCGAUUUUCUCGUAAAUUAAUAGAAGAUGAUAGAGGAUCUACUCGAAGAGUUUAUGACUUAUUAGAAGGAUUCCUCCGGCACAAGAGUGAUAUGGUUAAUUUAGAAGCUGCUCGAGCUAUUUGUGAUAUGCCUGAUAUUUCAUUAAAGGAAUUGAAACCUGCGAUUAUUGUACUUCAGUUAUUUUUAUCAUCACCAAAGGCUACGCUUCGUUUUGCAGCCAUUCGAACACUAAAUAAGCUAUCGAUUGAAAUACCUGCUGCUGUAUCGCCUUGUAAUCUUGAUAUUGAAACACUUGUGACAGAUCAAAAUCGAACGAUUGCUACUUUUGCUAUUACAACUUUAUUAAAGACAGGCAAUGAAGCCUCUGUAGAUCGUUUAAUGAAACAAAUCAGUGGAUUUAUGGGUGAUAUCUCUGAUGAAUUUAAGGUGAUUGUUAUCGAUGCUGUUCGAUCACUUUGCCUGAAAUUCCCAUCUAAACAGUUCAUCAUACUUACCUUCUUGAGUAGUGUAUUACGGGAGGAAGGUGGUUAUGAUUUUAAAAAAUCAGUUGUAGAAGCUAUUUUUGAUAUGGUAAAACAUAUUCCUGAAUGUACAGAGGCUGCACUCUCUUAUCUUUGCGAAUUUAUUGAAGAUUGUGAAUUUACAAAGCUUUCUGUCCGCGUUUUAUAUUUAUUGGGUCAAGAAGGUUACAAGACAGCGACACCUACAAAGUAUAUUCGAUACAUUUAUAAUCGAGUGAUUCUUGACAAUUCAAUCAUUCGAGCAGCAGCUGUAAGCGCACUUGCUAAAUUUGGUGUUCAUUGCAAUGAUCCCUCGGUAAAGAAGAGUGUUUGUAUCUUGCUAAAACGUUGUAUAAAUGAUGUGGAUGAUGAAGUACGUGAUCGUGCUACUUUAUAUUUAGUCACUAUAGAUCAGGAAGAUAUUACUAAAAAAUAUUUGGCAAAUGAUGUAACGUACGCUCUUCCUACUUUGGAACAUCAGCUUGUUGAUUACAUUAAUUCCCAUGAUAAUACCAAAAAAUUUAAUUUAAAUUGUAUACCAAUUAUUAGUAAAACUCAAGAACAAGAUUAUUAUCGUGCACACAAAUCACUACUAUCAAACCAUAAAUUAAAAGAGGGAGGCAAGCCUUUUACAGAUAGCGAAAAGGGGACUAACAUCCCCUCUUCAGCGGCUGAACUCUCUUACCAUAAUCAACACACCUUAUAUGCUGAGAAAUUGUCAUCUAUAGCAGAGUUUGCAUCCUUUGGAGCAUUAUUUAAAUCAAGCAAACCUAUUGAGUUAACCGAAAGGGAAACUGAAUACGUUGUCAAUUGUGUUAAACAUAUCUUUGCCAAACAUAUUAUAUUUCAAUUUAAUUGUAUUAACACUUUAAAUGAUCAACUAUUAGAAAAUGUCCACAUGCGGAUGCAGCCUGAAAUAGAAGGACUUGUUCAGGUAGCUGAAAUUCCUGCUGACAAGCUAGAAUAUAAUGUACCCAAUACUAUUUAUGUUGCAUUUGAGCAAGGAAAUAUCGAAGAACUUGCUAAUGUCCCUUUUACAAAUACACUUCAAUUUGAAGUUAAAGAUUGCGAUUCCAUGACGGGAGAGGCCGAUCCUGAAGGAUAUGAAGAUGAAUAUCAAGUAGAAAAUACUGAAGUAAUGACAAGUGAUUAUAUUCGGCCUAUGUAUAUAGCCAAUUUUUCAGAACAAUUUGAAUCAUUGGUUGAUAACGAGGUCGUUGAGACAUUCGCCCUAGAUAAGCAAAUAGCACCCAACUUAGAAGUUGCUUGCCUUUCUAUAAUUGAUUUAUUGGGUAUGCAAGCCCUAGAAGAUAGUGAGCACCCAAAAAAUAACAAUCUGCACACUCUACUUUUAUCUGGCAUGUUUUUGGAUGGAUCCAAAGUUUUGUGUAGAUGUCGUAUGACAUUUAAUGCAUUAACUGGUGUAACAUUUGAACUUGCUGUUAGAAGUGAGGAUGUAAAUGUAUCACAAACUGUUCUUUUAGCUAUCUCUUGAUUAAGAUGUUAUGUAUUAGUUUUAUUGUAUUUUUAACGUGCAUAUGCAGUUUAUAUUCUACAAGAUUUUAUCUGAACCUUGAGAGCGCGUAUACUAUUUCUUAAUUAAAUAUAUGAACAUAUUAGUUAUAAAAGUAAAAUUGAAUAUGAAUUUAUAUUAUAGUCUA